AUGUUUGGCAUGUGGUAUUGAUAGAUAUUGGAUUGUAUUAUAUUAUGUAAUAUAAGGGAUGUGAAUGUGUUGUAAUACAUUGUAUUAUGUAAUACUCCUCUAUACUUUUUAAUCCAGUUUAUGGUGUAUUACCAAUACACCCAAUUUCCUUUGCAUUACCUAAUACAACUCUCCCCCGUCUGCAACAACUUUGCCGUCUCUCCUCCCAAAAACUACACAGCCGAUCGGCUUCUCAACUGCACCGCCUCUCCUCCCAAGCCCGAUCAUCUUCUCUCUGCUCUCAUCCACUCCUUCACUUCUUACCAAUGCGACCCACCCCCUGAAACCUACCACUUUGUCAUCAAAACCCUGACCAAAACCUCCCAGUUCCAUCACAUUCCUCUUGUUCUUGACCUCAUCGAAUCAGUCGAGAAAUUCGAAACGCUGAAAUACAUUCUUGCCGAGCUUAUCAUAAUAUACUGUCGUGCUGAUAGGAUUGAAGACGCCAUUGAUCUCUUUUGCAGAAUUCCCAACUUCAAGUGCGUCCCUUCUGUGUACCCGCUCAAUUCUUUGUUGUCUGUGCUCUGUAGGAGUAAGAGAAAGUAUAGGAUUUGUUCUUUGAUAUUAUCAUCUUUGUAUGAGCAAAAAGAUUUAGAUUUAGCUAAUUUUGAGGUUUUGGGUUUCUUCAAAGCAAUGAAGAAACUGGGUAUUUCUCCUCGUAUGAUGGACUAUUCAAAUGUCAUUAGGUUCUUGGUGGAAGAAGGAAGAGGUUUGGAUGCUUUGGAUGUUUUAUGUAGGAUGAAAAUGGAGGGAACGAAGCCGGAUAUUGUUUGUUAUACUCUGAUUUUACAUGGGAUAGUUGCAGAAGGGGAAUAUGGGGGUGCAGAUUAACUGUUUGAUGAAUUCCUUUUGUUGGGUUUAGUCCCUGAUGUUUAUACUUAUAACGUGUAUGUAAAUGGUCUCUGCAAGCAGAAUAAUGUAGAAGCAGAACUCAACAUGAUUUUGUCCAUGGAAGAACUCGGGUGCAAACCUAAUUUGAUUACACAUAAAAUGCUAUUGAAAGCAUUAAAUAAAAACUGUGGAGUAGCAAAUGGAACUCAAAGGAUUGGUGACUGACUUAAACAUGGAAAAUAAUCCGGUACAGUUGAGCUAUGUGCCGAGUUCCCAUUUAAGUUGUUUGCUGCUGGUAGUUUUGUUUCAAAUAGUCAAGUGUCUUCCCACACCGGUUGAGCUUCU